AUCAUGUAAUAGCACUGGUGAUUCUUUAUGGACUCUUUUAAUUCUCCUAGAAAAUCAAAAGAGCCCACAAAGAACUACCAGAGCUCUUUUGAUUCUUCUAGUAGUAGACUCUUUCAAUUAUCCUAGUGGUAGACUUUUUCGGUUCUGGACUCUUUUGAUUCUCCUGGAUUUUGUGAUUCUUAGAGCUCUUUCGAUUCUUUCAGUAAUGGACUCUUUUGAUUAUCCCGGUGGUAGACUUUUUCAGUUCUGGACUCUUUUGAUCCUCCUGGAUUUUGAGAAUCAAAAGAGUCCACAAGAACCACCAGUGAUUCUUAGAGCUCUUUUGAUUCUUCCAGUGGUGGACUCUUUUAAUUAUUCUGGUGGUGGACUUUUUUGGUUCUAG